AUGAUUGAAUACGGUAGUUUCAGUCUAAUUUACCAAAAUAGUGAUGAUUGCGUACAUACCCCACCUCGAGGACAUAAACGAGUUCAUAGUCUUGAGGGUGAGCAUGUGUCCACCACAACACCAUUCAGUAGCAGUACCAUUCAGCCUAAGGGGUGCUCUUUGCUUUUUCCUGGAGUGAAAAAAAAGAAGACAACAGAAGAGAAGAAAGUCAGGUUGAAUAAGGAAAGAGUAGUGUCUAAUUCUACGCCAGAUAUAAUAAUCAGACAGAUUUACUUUCCCAAAGUCAAUUUUAAAAUGGUGAUAGAACAAAUGAAAGUUUUACGUUAUAUUCCAUCAAAUGCUGGAGUUUCAUUUCCCUUGCUGGAGAAAUGUGAUGGGCUGUUGGGUGCAGAAAUACCUUUAUUGUUAUUUCUAUUUGAUAGUUCUAACUUGUCAUACCUUAAGUUUUAUGAAUUAUUUUAUGAAAAAAACAUUCAAAUUAUAGGCAUAACUCCUGAAUACAGAUAUUAUAACAAUCAGAGCUAUCCGAUAAUACUUGAUACUAAUGGAAAAGUAAGUAAGGCUCUGAAUAUACGAAAUCCAUUAGGUGGAGGAAUUUACCCAAUACCAUCAAUGUUUUUGUUUGACAGACAUAAACAAGAGCUAAUGAGAAUCAAGCUAGGCUACGACCAAGGUGUUUUCUAUGAUUCCUCGUUGAAAAAUAACUUGCUGUCAGUACUGAUGGCUUGCGUUGACUAUACUCUUAAAAUUUGA